AUGCCCAGCAAUAACAGUAGCCUCCUUAUAAUGCAUGGAGAUGAUGUAGUCAUGUCAUUUGCAUCAUCAGAAUCUGUUGAGUCUCUUAGCUUGUUUGACACAACUGGUUCUGGAAAAACAGGAAUUGUGGCAGGAUCCUACCUCCUACUGUCAAGUCAAGGCAAAGUCACACUCUUUAUAUCACCUCUUUUGGCCUUACACAAAGAACACUUAGCAACAUUUAAAGAAGAAUUUGGUCUCUGUGCUACUGCUAUAAGCAGUGUAGGUGGUGGUUGCUUAUGCAAGCUUAUGGAAGAAAGCCUAUUUCCUAUAAAACAUUUCAGGCUAUUUCCUAUGACGGGGAUAAUAAUUAGUAUUGCGAGGAUGAGGAAGCCAGAGCUGAAAAUAUGGCUUUUAGAGACUGGUGCAUUUGCUGACAGUGAUCUUGAUAUCAAAGCCAGGACAUUCAACAAGCACAAGCCAUUUUGUCAUCAGAUUUUCAAGGACUUAAUUCAUAAUCAAUGGUAUGGGCAUAAGGGUGAGGGAGUAUGCUAUCAUGAACAUUUCCAAGACAUUCCUUUAGCUCUACUUGUAAUUACCACAGCAGCUAUUGAAUGUUUCCUCAGGGGAUAUUUGAAUGGUAAUGAAGCUACCCAAGAAUUCUCAGAGAGUGUUUUCAAAACCAGGUGGGAGUACUAUUUCAAAAAGCUGUCGGUGCUUCAGAAGAAAAGCCCAGUGUGGAUAAAGCGAAUGAGAGAUGGUCUGUACCAAGACAUUCUAAAUCUGGCCAAUCUCUAUUAUCUAGGGAUUGAUGAAGACCAGAUGAAGGACGAGGAUUUUGGUAUUGAUUUUGAAGCUCUAGAGGAUGCUAUCAUUGCACAAGCUUCUUGA